UUUUUAGAAAAGUAGUUCUUUGAUCACAAUGGAGCCAGGCGAACUCGAUAGCGCCGACGCACCGGACAGAAUAGUCGAGACUUUCGCUGGUCGUAAGAUAAUGCUGACAGGUGGCACGGGAUUUUUAGGAAAAGUGAUUCUCGAGAAAUUUCUGCGAUGCCUGCCCGAAAUAGCGCAAAUUUACAUGCUCAUCAGAUUGAAGAAGGGCAAGGAUCCUAAACAACGGUUGCUCGAGAUACUCAAUUCUCCGCUUUUCGAAGAAGUCAAGGCAGAAAGGGGAUUGCCAGCGAUCGAAAAAGUAAUAACGGUCGUCAGCGGAGACGUAUCACAGCUAGGACUUGGAUUAUCCCCGGAGGAUAGAAAAAUGCUCCGCGAGAAUGUCGAAAUCGUGUAUCACGGAGCAGCUACCGUCAGAUUUGACGAAUUGUUGAAAACAGCCGUACUGCUAAAUACACGUGGCACAAAGCAGAUGAUAGAACUGGCUAAAGAAAUGAAGAAUUUACUUCUGUUUGUUCAUAUCAGCACGGCCUAUUGCCAUCUCGAAGAAAAAGUUUUGUAUGAGAAAACGUAUCCUCCGCCAGCGGAUCCUCAUAAAGUAAUCAAAUGCGUCGAAUGGAUGGAUGAUGAUGUAGUUGAGGCUAUGACAGACAAGAUCUUGGGAAAGCUACCUAAUACAUAUGCCUUUACGAAAGCCUUAUCGGAAGGUCUCAUCGAAGAAUCUAUGCCGCAUAUCCCAUCGAUAAUUUUGAGGCCAAGCGUAGUUAUUCCUAUCUGGAAGGAUCCGCUUCCCGGUUGGACGGACAAUAUUAAUGGACCGACUGGUCUCUUAAUCGGUGCUGGGAAGGGAGUAAUCAGAACGAUGUACUGCAAUGAAAACGGUUACGCUGAUUAUCUUCCCGCUGAUAUCGCCGUCAAUGCUAUUCUUCUUUGCACGUGCAAUUUUAUUUAUUUCAAGGAACAUGAGAAACGAGUUUAUAAUCUUACAAGUAGUAGCGAGUUCAAGGUUCCUUGGACGGAAAUAAUAGAACGCGGGCGAAAAAUAACGCAACGAGUACCUCUAAACGGAAUCUUGUGGUAUCCAGGUGGUAGUAUGAAGAAAUCGCGACUUUUGCAUAAUAUUUGUGUCUUACUUUUUCACAUGAUUCCGGCCUAUUUUAUUGACUCACUUCUCUUUUUGGCAGGCCAUAAACCAAUUAUGUGCCGUAUCCAUCGCCGUAUAAACAAAGGUUUCGAAGUUUUCGAAUAUUAUGCCAAUAGACAAUGGGACUUUGAUAAUUCAAGUGUUCUCGAUGCGAGGAGAAAAAUGAAUAGCGUAGAAUAUAACAAAUAUCAAUUGCACGGCGAUGACAUGGACAAAGACGAGUACUUCGAAGCUUGCAUUCGAGCUGCAAGGGUUUACAUAUUGAAUGAAACUCCAGACACUCUACCGGCCGCUCGUCGACAUUUGAGAAUUAUGUAUUGGGUGGAUGUAUUUACGAAAAUCUUUUUCUUUCUGCUCCUUAUAUAUGUGCUGGCAUCCUGGAGUGAAAGUUUUAGAACAUUGCUCACAGAUAGUGCAGCAUAUGUUUCAAAAGCGAUAAUGAAGUAAUGUUUUAUAGUUUAAUCAAGUCAAAAACAUUUUCUUCAUCGAUUGCAUGCAAAGAUUAUAUCUAUUAUAUUGAUCGAAUUAAACUAUCAUUUAACAUCAAUGAAAUGAUUAAAUAUAUAAUUAUAUCUCGUAGUGUACGCAUACUAUAAUUGUGUUCAUUAGAUAUGAACAAAGUAAAAAGUAAAUAAAAACAUUAUUUACACCA